AUGCCAUCAACGUCUCGCACCACGCGCGCCAAGAAGGAGGUGGACGACAUCGACUUGUCCUUCUUGCACGAAGAUGAGGACAUCCUCGCCGUCACUCGAAGAUCGCCCAGAGCAGCCAAGGGUAAAGCAAAAACGUCUCAAGUCAGUUCACCGCGGGGUUCGCAAAGGCAAGCAUCGAGACCUACAUCAGCUGCCGUGCCCAGCUUAUCCCGCGCCAGCACAUCCACUGCGCGGCAAGGCGGUCGCCAGCAGGGCGGCGCAGCCCAUCGACGCGGCACAAGUCCGGAUUCCUUCAUCGAGGAGGACCACCAGGCUGAGAGUAGUAGCGAUGGCGCCGAUGUCGAUGACAUCAUCGCCUCGAUAAAUGGUACCAGAUCGUGCACGUCCAGCUCAAGAGCAAAGCAAACGCCGCCCAAGAACACCUCGACCGCCAAUGCUCCUGCUCGCUCCUGCGCCAGAGCCACUCGAGCAUCGACAGCUUCCACCUCAGCUCGCUCUAGCCGAGCUAACACACGUCAACGCUUCGCUCCGAUCGUCCACGACUCAGAUGCCGGCAAUGACGACCAGGACGACCUUGACUUGGAUCAAGAUAGCAACGAUCUGCGACAAGAGCUCGAUGAUCUCAAUGGCGAUACCGCCGAUGACAACUCUGAGGUCGACACCCCUCUGCGCCGCUCAAAGCGUCGAGCUCAGACUAAAGGCGCUGUUCGUGGGCCACGCUCGUCCGGUCGCGCUGGUGCUGCUUCCACUCGUGCAGCCAAGACCAAGCGCGUGUUGCUGUUAAACAACGACGAUGAAGCUUUUAGUGGCAUAGAGGAACCAGGGGGAGAGGAGCGAGACAGCGACAAGGAGGACGAAUCGGAGAGCUCAGACGCAGAGGUUCGCCGCUUUACCAAGCGAAAGAAGCCGUCCAAAUCCGCACCACCACCAAAAAAGCGCCAGCGUCCUACCAGAGGCACUCCCAAGUCGCGCAGCAAACCUCGUUGCAAAGCGCCAGUCAAACACGAGCGCUUCGCACCCGUCCGCCAGCCGAAGUUGCGAUUCGCUUUGCAGGGAGAGCUCCCGGAGCCCAUGAUGGGCUCGCCGUCUCUCAUGGAAGUGCCUGUCAUCACCAUCGACGAAUGCGCCCUGCCCGACGACCUUGACAGCAUCCCUUUCCUUGACGGCAUCAGACCUACCUAUACCCCUUACGAAUGUUCCAGCGAGGAGGAGAACCAGGCCGACAGCGAUGACAACGAAGUGCAGGUAGUGUCAGAUGCCGCCUCGGGCGACGAGAACGAAGAGUUGGAACCCUACGAAGAGCCCAAAACGCCCCUCGACAAGCACUGGCCUGGAUGCAAGCGCUGCUCCGAUGGCCCCUCCCUUCCCCUCUACAACAAAGCCCUCUCGGAACUCAAACGCGUUCAGAGGCGCGAGGCCAAGAAGCCGCGCAACAAGUCGCCCGAGCGCAUCGACUCGCGUGGACGCCAGCGCAAGGCACUCAUCGACGACACCUGGGGCAAAGUGACUGCAGUCCAAGCAGCCGAGGAAUGGCUCGAGGUGCUCGAACAUCGCGGAGGCUGGUUCGAGUGCGGAACUUGCUCAGUCUCCUGGCACUGGGGCUGUCUGCCACAAGACACGCAGAAGGCAAUCCUUGUCGGCAUCAAUAUGGAGGCAGCCAGGCGCCAUCGAACCGUCUUUGGGGAGGACGCCCCCGCUCCCUCUCCAGUGCGUUGGAUCGAUGUGGAUGAUAUGGUCGACACGGAUUCGUGCCCGGAUUGCGCUGGCUAUGCCUCGUACUGCACCGUUUGCAAGGCUAACGUGCAAGGCGUCCGCACCGUCGAGGAGCAACUCGGUAUCACAAAAGAGAUGCUCGAGCAGUAUCCAGAGCCGCCUGCUAUACUGACUGCAUCCAAGCUGUUCCGCUGCAAGCGCUGCUCCCGCGCAACACACUACGAGUGCCUCGCCGAAGAACACAACGACAGCCAUCAGUCCCUUGAGCAGGUGGCCGAGUCGAUCCAAGAGGCAGGGUGGCUCUGCAAGGACUGCCAUCGUUGUCCCGUGGUCGACAAGAUCAUCGCUUGGCGCCAGCUCGAUCGUCGCCUCUGGAACGACGAAGAGGCCAAGCGCGCCGAGUAUGCGACGCUCUCACCACGCGAGAAUUUGCCUCGCGAGUACCUCGUCAAAUUCAAAGGCAAGUCAUUCCGAGACACGGAGUGGGUGCCGCUCGAUUGGCUUCGCAUCGUCCACCAGCCUUUGCUGAGCUUCUUCUUGGCCAAAGGCAGUCGUCUCGAGCUCGAACCUGCCGAGCUGAUCGAGUCUGCCUCGGUUCUCACCACGGCACACAGGAACCGCGCAUCUCUUGCGCUAGGCGGGGGACGCGCGCUGCCGUUCACACCCAUCCAGGCGAAGACGAGAUCCGUCAAGAAGACGCUCAAGGUCGACGAAACGGGCGAGGUCGACGUCGGCCCGCCAGGUCCCACACCUGAUGCCCAGUGCCGCAUCCCCAAGCCCUGGAUGACGCCAGACCGCAUCUUGGCGGUUAAGUUCUUCUUCUCCGUCAACAAGGACGACGACGACAUGGAAGAGAUCGGCGGAGCGGAAGUUGACUCGGACACGGUCUCACUCGACAAACUCGAGCCUUCGGACUACGUUCGCAGCUGGGCGCACAUAGCAAAGGUGCUCAUCAAGUGGCAGGAUCAGCCGUACGAGGGCUCGACGUGGGAAGACCCUCCCACCCGACGCAAGCAGUCCGACAUCUUUAACGAGACUCAAGAGGCGUAUCGGUCGUUUUUGAUGGCGCAGAAGGUUACAUUCCCGGCUCUGACUGCCGACGAAAAGCGCAGAAAGCAUGAACGCCGCCAGGCCAAAUCUGGCGCGCGCUUUUGGGCGCUCGACGAUCAGCCACACUGCAUCGAGGGCGGCGACCUCAUCGACUUUCAGCUCGAGGGUGUUAAUUGGCUGCGAUAUGGCUGGUACAACGAGAAGCCCGGUAUCCUCGCCGACGAGAUGGGUCUCGGAAAGACGGUGCAAAUCAUCACGUUCCUCGCCUCGAUCUGGAUGGAAGGCAAAGCAGGCCCCUUCCUCGUGGUGGUGCCCAAUUCGACGCUGCCCAACUGGAUGCGAGAGUUCGAAAAGUGGAUGCCACAGUUUCGCGUCGUACCGUACUGGGGCGAAGGCGAGGCACGAGAUAUGAUCUCGAAGUACGAGUUAUUCCACUCAAAAAAGACUUUGUCACAGAAGGAUGGUACCAUCCGUCCCAUCAACUUCCACGUCGUGGUUGCCUCGGAUACGUCGGUGCGCAUCGACUCGCUGCCACUGCGAAAGGUGGAGCACUGGGACGUGGUCAUCGUCGACGAGGGUCAGAACCUCAAGUCCGGUAAAUCGCUGCUCAUGAAGCGCCUCAAUGAGAUGCAAGCCGACCAUCGCAUCAUCAUGACCGGCACGCCGCUCAACAACAACGUCACCGAACUCUUCAACCUGCUCAAUUGGCUUGAGCCUGGGGGACAGUGGAAGGACGUCAGGGCGCUCGAAGCUGAGUACAGCGUGCUGAAGCCAGAGGUGAUCGAGGAUCUACAGAAGCGCCUCAAGCCGUACUUCCUGCGUCGUCUCAAGAAGGAGGUGUUGGAUCUGCCCCCCAAGAUCGAGCUCAUCGUUCCCACCUCGCUGCGUCCCAUCCAGAAGCGUAUCUAUCGCUCCAUUCUCGAAUCCAACAUUGAGGACAUCCAGGCACUUGCCGCGUCGCGCGAGACUGGCGCCAAGAAGAGCAGGAAAUCGACGAUCACCAACCUGAACAACACACUCAUGCAGUUGCGCAAGUGCAUUCAGCAUCCCUACCUCAUUGCACCCGACCUCGAAACGCGCGAAGGCGAGGCCAAUUACGAGGCAAGCUGGGAGCACCAGCGACUGAUCGAUGCGAGUGCCAAACUGUCGCUGCUGCAGCGGCUGCUGCCCAAGCUUAAAGCCGAGGGCCACCGCGUCUUGCUCUUUUCGCAGUUCGUCAUCAACCUGGACAUUGUCGAGGUGUUCCUACGCGGCGAGGGCUACAAGUUUCUGCGACUGGAUGGCGCCAUCGGUCAGAAGCAACGUCAGAAGGGCAUCGACGCCUUCAAUGCGCCUGACUCGCCCUACUUUAUCUACAUGAUUAGUACGCGCGCCGGAGGUGUCGGCAUCAACCUCGCCGCGGCGGACACCGUGAUACUCAUGGACCCCGACUUUAACCCGCACGUCGACAUGCAAGCGAUUGCCCGAGCGCAUCGUAUCGGACAAAGCAAGAAGCUGCUCGUCUUCACGCUCACGUGCAAGGCGACGGUAGAGGAACGGAUCAUCGAAAGCGCAAAGCGCAAGAUGAUGCUCGAUCAUCUCAUCGUCCAGAAUCUGGACAGAGAGGAUGAACGACCCGUCGAGCUCGAGUCGAUUCUCAAGUUCGGUGCUCAGGCGCUGUUCGCUGAAGGUGGUACGGAGGAGUCGGAGCGCGACAUUCGCUACACGGACGAAGACCUUGACUCGUUGUUGCGUCGUCGCGAGGAUGCGGCUGAGGAGGACGACAAGGUAAAGGAUGUCGAUAAUCAAGAUGCGAAUGGGGAUCAGAAAGCCACUUUUUCGUAUGCUCGUGUCUGGGAGACCGACCAACCAGCAGCAACAGCAGUAGCGACAGCAGCAGACGCUUCAGCGGUUGCGCCGACGACGGUGGUGGACGAUGACUUUUGGGCCGAUCUCCUGCAAAAGCAUCGCGAAGACGCUGCCAAGCGUGCGGAAGAGAUACGGGUGAAGGAGGCUCUGGAGAGGCGUGCAUCCAGACGAGACCGCAUCAAAGCCAUGCUGCAGGUAGACGAGAUGGCCGAAGCUCCGCCUGUGCCUGCCAAGAGAGGUCCCGGUCGACCCAAGAAAUUAUCAAAGCCGGUCGUAGACGAAGACUUCACUGUGCCUGAUGGACAGAGCGAUAGCGACGACCACGAGCUGAUCGAUGCUGUGCAGGAAGGAGACGAGUCGCUCCCUGCCGUGCAGGCUCUGCGACAGAGGCAACUCAAGUCGUCCAACGCCGCCAUUGCCGCUGCUGCCGCUGCCACUGCAAGCAAGCCUACCACUGCCGUCCCUGGCUUGUCGAGUUCUAUCCCGUCGAAUCCGACCGCGCUGUAUGCCGCUCCGACGGCCGCCGCGAGUAGCUCUUCAGCAGCGCCUGUUGUUGCGAAAAAGCAGCAAGCGCGUGCGACGGUGCCCGGCACGUUGGCUGCUCUUGCAUCUUCAGCAGCGAGCAAAAAGAGCAAGCCAUCGCCCCCUGGCCUUGCAUCGCUGCAACGUGAUCUGAUUGCCGAGCACCGAUUACCGCACCCAUUGCCACUUGGCGAUGUUGACCUGUCGCAGCCGCCGAAGACAGUCCAACCGGGUCACUUGGCGGCAAUGCGCAAGACAAUGCUCUCGAUCCUGCCCGACAGCGACUUUGCGCUGGAAGUGGCAACGAGGGCGCUCAGCAAUGCUGUCCCGGACCUUGCUCCUCCGCAUAUGCGCUUCCAGCUGACCGACAAGCAUAUCAAUUACUACAUGCAGACGUUCAGCGUGCCGCGUCCGCUCUUUCAGGCGGCUUUCAACAUCAUCGCGGAGGACAGUAUUCCGCCCGAGAUCCUCGCGCUGCCGCACGGUGGUGCGAUUGCUCUGGAUUGGCGGAAGAUCAAAGAGCUUCUGCUGCGCACGGCUACCUAUAUGGUAAUAACGCUGCGUCGACCCAAGAGCCAGCUGCCUUGGACAGCUGCGAUCGAGGAAUGGGACAAGUCACACGCUGGAAAGCCGCCACCGACAGUGAUCAACGUUGCCCACUCUUCGACUGCAAAUGUCGUGUCGGUUUCUGCACCGUCUCCCGCAACUGCAGAGGCUGCCGUGGAGGUGCUCAGGGAUCGAGCGCAAUGCGAGGCCUGGUGGGCUGCCGUCGCCGCGCAUGGUGAUGCCGAAUUGACCAAGGUGGCGCAGCUAGUCUCCUUGAAUCCCUCGUCGACGCCGUCGGCCAAUCUGAUGUUGAUGGUGCAGAGCUGUGUGGACGGCAAGGGCGUCAGACCCGCCUACGGGCCGUCGAAGCUGUCGAUCCAAGCCGGUAUGAGGACGAACGCGUUUCUCGAUCCAGAUGUCAUGGGUCCACCAGCAGCAACAAUGAUGACAACGGCGACCAGCAGCGCUGCCGCUGCUGCUUCGCCUACACCGUCCGCGUCGAUAACGUCGGGCUCUCAGCCUCGGCCCAACCGUGUGCCUGCUGCGCUGUCGCGUCUGUCAGCCUUCGCGGGUGGCAGCCCCAGGGGGAUCGCGGUAUCUAGAAAAGCGUUCAGCAAACUCAACGUCGACGUGGCGGUCAACCACCGCAAGCCGCGCAUCAAGUCUGCGCCAAGCAGCAUCAGCGAUUCACCACGCAAAAUCGACACACUCGACGGCGCGGCCUUGGUCAUCUCGGACCAGACGUGCAUCAUCUGCGGCGGUGCGUUUCACUAUCUCAACCGGUGCUCCGAGAUGUCGGACGUGACACGCGCUUCGGCGCGCUGGUUCCAGCUGUGCGAGCAGCUGCGCAUUCUCACGGCGCGCGGGCGGACAGACGGCGACGCGGACGUCGCGACGAUCAAGACGACCAUCAAGGUCAUGGCGAGGAAGCUGAACGGGCUGCGUGCGCAGGCUGGCCAGGGGCCGCUGGUUGCGCCGUUUGCGUAG